AUGCCAACAAAGGAACAAGAAUUAUGGUUUGUCAACAAACUUCGACACUUCCUUGGAAAACUCGUACUAAGAAGUGAAGUAUCCAGAAGCCAGUCUUUGCAUACUAGAAAGAAACAAAUCCCGGCUAAAAAAAUAUUGGUGAAUCCAUGGAAUAAACAAGAAACAACGAAAAGGACCAUUCUGAGCUUUACUGUCUCUCAAUAUGAUGCAUUGGGAUUCUUAAUCCCAGUAAUGAUACCAUUCAAACUGUUCCUUCAAGAUUUGUGGAGAAAAAAUGCACCUUGGGAUCAGGUUUUGAACGAGGAACAAACUAAAACGUGUCCUUAUAACAACUUGGCCAACAGGAAUUAUGGAGAUCCCACGAGACAUGACAAUGCCAAAACUAGAACUAUUGACGAUCCUGAUCCGAGCGUGCGCAACUCAAUUCGUCAUCAAACAACUGGAGCAAGAGAACGCAAAGGUAGUACUCUGGUCAAACUCUCGUUUGCACUUCACUGGAUACAAAACCAGUCACGUCUUGUACAAAAUCGAGUCGAAGAAAUACGAAUGGCGAAGUUCUCAUAUAUUAGAUGGUCACAAAUGAUACGAACAACGGUAAGAGCGUUAAAAUUUCUCGAAAUAAUAGCCAAGGGAAAACUUCCAUGGUUAAACAGUAUAUCUGAAGAAAACUUAAUUACGCCAUACGACUAUGGAUUCGCUCUAGAACUACUACUGAGAUAUUUCACAUACAAUUUCCAAAUUAACAAAAACUUAUUGGAUACCAAAGGGAAGAACAGAAGUCAAGAGAGUCCUAAACCAAUGCAUGGGUUGCAAACGGUGGAAAACCAAGCCAUUCAAAUUACCACCCAUGUCAAACUAUCCACGAAAGCGAAUCAUGAGAUCAAGAGCGUUCGCCCGAAUCGGCCUCGACUAUCUAGGACCUGUCACCGUCAAAACAACAAUGAUACUAAUCAAGAAUUUAUUCCCCAUAAAUUAAAUACCCAGGAAAAACUUAUUAAACACUGGUCAAGUACAUGUGAGCAUUUAAAUAGUUUAAGAGAACGGACACAACUAGAACACAAAUCUUGCAAGAAUGUAGGAAGGAGAACUCCUAUAGAGAAGCGCACUAAUCGAACUCUCUUCAAAGAAACUCCUAAAUCAACCAGUGAACGCUCUAUGUCCUCUAGAAAUGUCUCGAGCGGCUGCGUGAGCGAGAUUAUAGAACAAGAAAGCCAACCGAUGUUGAACAAAAUUGAAAGUGGAGAGCCAAUUACCCACAGAACUAGAAGUGCAGCAAGGGAAACACAAAUUGCAACUGAAACAAAAGAAUCAGAAUGGCCAAGAUGGGAAUAUAACUAUGAUGAGGAAGACAAUGAAUCGGAAGAUAUAGUAGACGAAACGAUCGUAGCAACGGUCACCACCAUCGAGGAACGAUUUAGCAAAUGGUCAACAUUGGUGAGAACGACAGUUUGAACAUUUGCUCGAACUGGCCUAGACUAUUUGGGCCCCAUCUCCUUCAAAACAACAACCGGAACAGUAAAAAUAUGGAUCGCCUUAUUUACCUGCUUUAUCACCAGAGCAGUACAUCUUGAAUUAGUUGACGAUCUAUUUGCUCAGAGCUUUCUACAUGUCCUCAGAAGAUUCGUAGCUCGACGCGGUUAUCCCGAACUAAUACUAAUGGAAAUAGAAGGUAUACUUAAUACCCGUCCACUAACCAAUGUAAACUUCGACAAUUCCAUAAUUCUACGACCAAUCGACUUCAUAACCCCUAACACUUCCCUGGCAAUACCCAUCAAUGAGGAGCGCGACAGGGAUGGAUCGAGACAAAGAAAUGUGAAGUGCUGUGAUAAAACUACGAAGUCAGAAACUUCUCAAUUGACCUAUAAAAACCUUCUAUAUCCAUUAGAAGUCGGGCAAGAAGAAAGGACAGCCUUUGAGUCAGCGGCUGCAAGAAAACAACGAGGUUCAAUCAAGAAAAUUGAAGAACCUGUAGCGGUAUGA